GUGAUAAACUCUGCGACAUCACCGACCUAUAAUCUUCUGUUUUUGUAUUUCAUGUAAACAAAGCGAAGAUAGUUUACAACUUACAGUUUAGCAGACUGAAGUUUAAAAAGACUCCAAAAAUAACUGUACUGACCAUAGAUUGGUUUUCAUCUAUGGUCCGUUUUGAUCAUAAUAAUUAUAAUCAAAGAUAUUUACAGGACAAAUGAUUUUAUAUUUUGAGAGUAUUUGCCUUUAUUUAUUUAAAUUCACCUACAGUUACCGCUAUAUUUGAACAUACCAUAAAUCAUAAUUUUACAUAUUAUUUUCUUUUUAUAUAAUGAAAUGUUUAUCUACAAUCAAUAAUACACUUAAAUAUCAAUGUAUAUAUAUAGGAUUUUUUUUUCUUUUAGGUAAACAUUUUGUACCUUUGAAUUUUUAAUUAUGUUUGUACAAAGUAAAUUACAGUAUGGAUAUAUAUAUACAUACAUAUUCUUUGCUCACCAGCUAAUUUAUCAAAGGAUUUUUUGUAACCAUAGAAACCGCUUCUCGUUGCCAUGGCAAUGUUUAUUUCAGUUGUCAAUAGCGUUCCAACAAGUGCACAUAAAGAAUAAUAGUAUUUUUAUAAAAUUAUGUAUGACAAAAUAAGUGUCUAAAUAAUAAAUUAAUGUUAAAGUUUAUGAAAUAGAUAUAAAUACAAGUUUUUGAAGAAAUAAUAAGUAUGUAUGUUGCACGUAAAAAUAUAUAUUAAUGUUACUUGAUUGCUUUGAAAGUUUAGUCCUGAUUACAGAGUUUGUACUAGAUUUCUGAAUUAUUACACUUUUCGGGAUUGCAGACAGUUUUUGAAAAUCGCUAGGAAUGAUCAAUAGAAUAAAAAAAUUUCACUAUUAUUUUAACCUGUGUCUGUUUAACAUUGUAAUCUCUAAGAAGAAACUAGUUAAAAUAAUUAAUUAGCUUUAGUCUUUUAAAUGCACAAAAUUUAGAAAAAAAAAACUAUUUAAUCAUAUAUAGAGGUACUCAUGUUUGAGUAAUCUUUUUGCUUUCAUUCCAAACUCCGAUAAAAUCUCAGGAGUUUUCACUGGAAAUCACUCUCGGUUUCUUCAGAUAUAUAUUUGUUCCAUAGAUUUGCACGCCGAUGUAUUUUUGUAUUUAACCAUUUUACGGUAUUCGAUUCCUUUUCCUGUUAGAAAUCUAUAUUAUUAUUAAAGUUUGAGAAUAAAAAAAAACUUGCAUUUACUAUUCUAAUAGUGUAAGAAACAUGUAAUAACUGUGCUGAAUAAAUACUAUAAUUAUGAUGAAUAUAUACCUUUUUAAGUGCAUACAAAAACUAAGUUGAAGGUUUACGCAGACCAAUAAAACUGUUUUUACAUUUAAUCUGAUUUUUAAACCCGAAAAUUUCGCCAAAGAACUAUUGGUGGCAUAGAUGGCAAGCAGUAGAGGGGCGCGGAAACGUACCCGAGGCGGUGCGAGCGGUGCGAGCGUUACAAGCGAAGCGAGCGAUGCGAAGCGAUGCCCGCCUCGGUUCACAGGAGGUGCUCGCUCGCAGCUUACUCUCGCCAGCAUCACUCGUGCGGGAUAUGAUGAUGAACUAGAAAAAGACAGCGUGCUGCUGCAGGCUGCCAAGAACUACUACCCUGAAGGUAAUUGCUAUACCCCUGCCACAAAAUCAAUGCGUUUGAUCAACAUGCCACCGAAGAGACGUCCUCCACCCAAGCUUUACGGGCCUCUGGGGGAUAACGGAGAGUUGCAGUUCCCGCCUCCCAAGUCUUGGCAGGAAAGGGAGAGAGAGAGUGCUAGCCUGUGCUCGCCUGUGCUCGCAUGUGCUAGCCUGUGCUCGCAUGUGCUAGCCUGUGCUCGCCUGUGUCUGCCUGUGCUCGCCUGUGCUAGGCUGUGCUGGCCUGUGCUAUCCUAUCCUAUCCUAUGCUAUCCUAUCCUAUCCUAUACUCGGCCUGCCCCCUCUCUAAGCGCUACGCACUAUAGCAAAAGUGUCGUGAGGAUUAUUCGUGACGCUCGCCUAGCCCCCUUAGCCAGCGUACCGCGCGAUAAGGAACUUCGUUACAAAAACCUUGCGAGAAACUAUUGUUUGGUCUACAUAGAAGAUUUAGUAUCCGGCGCAUAUGAUAUAAAGGAAAAAGCUGAAGCAGAAGCGAAACGGAAGAGGAUAGAGAAAAGAAGAAAAGAGAAGGAAGCUGCUGAGAUUGCAGCAAAAGAAGCUCUCAAAAAGUAA